CCAAUAAUAACUACCGUAAAGCGAUAUGACAAACCCUAACUAAUUAUCCGAUCGUUUUUAAACAGUUUUAUAACGCUACCUGCUGCUAUCAGCCCUAACGCAGUUGGCAGGGUAAAUUGGCAAGACUGUAAAUUAAUCAUCGACCAAUUCUUGUAAUUUCGUACAUCUCGUUGCAACACUUUAGAGGCUUUUCAACUCGUACUUACAACCCUAACUCCAAGAUCAGCUGUCACGCACCACGCUGAUACGCCGUUAAGGCUGGACGACCUGAAAUGUCCAUUGUGGACGCAGAUGCGAUUUUCCUAUCGCUCUAAAUAAAAUGUUGGGUUGGUUAAUUGCAGGUUCGUAUCCUGCUUGUAAUGUACACUCGGUUUCUGCUGCUAUUCAUCACUUAGAUCUAGACACUGUGGUUCGCUCAUUUAUGGAGAUGGUGAUCCCACAGAGCGACAUUUUGCUGACACAUACACGCGCACAGAGAACGGUGUCUACGUUGUCGAGUACCCCUUUAAGAAUGGCCAUCACCCGUCUGGUGUCAUUAGAACGGAAAUUUGUCCAUCUCCGGAACUAAAGCGGCAUGACCAUCUACAACGGGGUCAUAUGGUACAGCUCACACUCUCUCAGAUUCAGGAAACCGCAGAAACUUGUUGUUAUUUGCCGCACCACGCUGUCAUCAAGCUGGAUAGUCUGACUACCAACUGUUCUUCAAUGGAUCAGGCAAGGACAGCUGUGGGAUCUCGCUCAAUCGGCGGCUUCAUGUUGGACCACCGAUUCAGCGUAACCUUCUUGGAGUUUUUUCGCCUGUAUACGGUUACGUAUAGUUUGGCGCCGUCCCCAUUUCUGGCAGUUAGAGUUUUAAAGCAACGCGGUGACGACGACGUUCCUAGAGUAUCCUGCAGCAGCCGGCGCGCUCACGCACGAUGCCUAUCUCGACGAUAUCCCGACAGGAUCUCUCUUUCAAGAAGUUCAACUGCAAACGCCACCAUGCACGCCUACGGUUCUGUUGCCUACGGAAUUGGAGCACCUACAUCUGCAACCGAGCAGCUGAAAUAUUGAAUAACUUUACUUGUAGUUACUGGAACCAUGUUUACAUAAAAGACAAUCCUGCAGAUUGCGCCUCUCGAGGACUUUAUCCAUCCAAGCUUCUGGAGCAUCAACUCUGGUAACACGAUACGUCAUCGCUGGCCAAAUCUGUCUACGAUUGGCCACCGUCCACAAACAAGUCGAAAGUACAUGUGAACAGUACGAAGUUUGAACCAAUAAAUAUGUAUUAUACAAACA